AUGUCUACGAUGCCCAUAUUCUGCGACUGGCCUCUUUUGAGCGGAGAUGAUUCCUCACAAUCUGAAGUGACCGAUGCUUUGUUUUCAUUCGAUCCAAAAUUUAGGGUUUCAAUCCGCUUUCUUCAACGUGUGACGCAUGCGAGUCAACACUUAAAAGACUCACUUCGUAUGGCCCCGAUUAUCGGUUUUGCACGCCCAGCAACACCGGAUCCAGAGGGAUGCGACUGCUGUCUCGCAGCCUUUGCUUGCUCACUUCAAGUAAAUCUUGAACCCAAAUCGGAUCUGACCCAGUAUGAGCAUAGGGUUAGGGUCAAGCUUAGGAUCAAGUUUUCUGGAACCUGGAACGAAUGGCUAGCAUCUAUCGAAGUUUCUGUGACGCUUGAUCGUGCAUCAUCUCUUAGUGCUCUCAUUGCAUUUCUUCUUGUUCCAAAAAUUUAUGCUGUUCAAGAAGACACUGGUAAAGACAGCCAUACAUAUCAACCGGUAAAUAACUCUGGUGGACAAGAAAACAGCCCAACUGGUUAUAAAAAUGCAUUGAUGGGCAAGCUUUUUGAAAUGUGGAAAUCUCUUUGUAACAAUCCUGCAAUUUCUUAUUUAAUGAAAGGACUUUUUGCUUAUUGGAAUCUUGAGCUUCUAGAAAAUCAGAACCUAUUCUUAAAAGUGCAAACUAGGUACUCUCCGCAAAAUGGCUCCAAACUUCAGAGCUUAUUUUAUCAUCUUGAUAAUUUUCUAAUUAAUACAAAGUCUGCUUAUGAAAAGUAUUACUGGAUAGUUGAAAGCAUCAUGUGUACACAAAUAGGCCUAUACGAUGGUUCUUUGGCUUACUAUGUUGUCCCCUGCUAUUUCGUUUUGUUAUCCAGUUUCUGGCUGGGAGAUUUUAAAUAUUCGUUAAAUUUUCAAACCUUGAUUUCUCGCUUCUUCAACAUUUACAUUUUGAUAGUUUAUUCCAGAAAUUCCAAAAACACUGAAACCACCAUCAAGACUUGGUUAAAUCGUAUAUUUGGAGGUUCAUUAAUUUUAUAUUAUGCUGCCUUUAUCUCUCUCAUAUACCAAUUUCAAACUGAAGAUCUUAUUAGCGGUUUAUUUGUCAUCAUCGGCUUUAUGAACACCUGUUUUUCAAUAAGUUAUAUAAUAGGGUCAAAUAAGGAAUCUGAAUCUAAUAAAAAAAAGAAGGAAUCUAAGCAUAAUGAAAAGGAAAAUGCUGAUGCUCCUAUGAAGACUACUGAUCCUCAGAAUAGUGAUAGUACUGUUACUAUUCCCGGUCAGCCUCCUUUUGCGGAGACUGACCUUUCUACCGAGGAAGAACCCACAGAUGAGUUAGGGCCUGGGUUUUUUCAGACUGAUUUUAAAUCCUAA